GCUCUCCAGGAGCAGUAAGUCCUCUUUAACUGCUGAACCAUCACUUGUCAUUCUCCCCCAUCCCCACCCUCCUUUUGGUUUCCUGAGACAAAGUUUUGCUAUGUAACCCAGGCUAGGCCUAAAUUUUCCAGCUUUUUUUUUUUCUUUUUUUUGAGACAGGGUUUCUCUGUAGUGUUUGGAGCCUGUCCUGGAACUAGCUCUUGUAGACCAGGCUGGUCUUGAACUCAGAGAUCCACCUGCCUCUGCCUCCCAAGUGCUGGGAUUAAAGGCGUGCGCCACCAUUACCCGGCCCAGCUUUGUGACGGUAGCGAGUGUCCUUGUAUUUUAAAGUCAUCUUGCACAUAGACAUUAUGAAGGGCAGAAGCAACAAGACAGUAGGUUGGAUUUGGAAAGCCGAUGCUGCCCUAGACCACUAUGAGUUAGAGGGUCAACAAAACCUUUCCCUGGUAAAAAGACCUUGAGGUGGUUUUGGGUUUCGUUUGAGUUUGGGUCUCAUGAUGUAAUCCUGACGGACCAACAGGGAGUACCUGCUUCUGUCUCCUGAGUGCUGGAAUUCAAGAAUUGCCACCAUGCCCUGCUGAUCUUGAGUUUCCCUUUCAAUACUUGAAGAUGCUAAUGGAAUGUCAAGUAUGAUACUAUCAAUAUUAUGAUUAAAAAAUGGCCCCUUGACUAGAGGUAUAGUUUUUCAAGACAGGGUUUCUCUGUAGCUUUGGAGCCUGUCCUGGAACUCCCUUUGUAGACCAGACUGGCCUCGCACUCACAGAGAUCCGCCUGCCUCUGCCACCCGAGUGCUGGGAUUAAAGGCGUGCGCCAUCACCGCCCGGCUGGACUUCAACUUUCAAUCCUGCCUUGCCUCUUCCUGGACUCCAGAAUUAGUUUUACAAGGCUGUGCGGGGUUCACCCGCUUUGUGAAUGCACCCUAAACCACUAAACUGUACACAUCACAUUAAAGGGUGCAUUUUAUAUAACUAUGCAAAUUAUGACUAAAAUUUAAAAGUUGAGGGGAAAUCACAAUCAGCAGUAUUCUCCGUAAAUCUUUUUUUUUUUUUUUUUUUUUGUAGAAAGCAACUGGGUAAUUAACCGGCCGCAACUGAUCUCGCAGUUAAGCCAAUGAUGUCAUUUUCAUGCCAGUGUUUUUUGUAAUUAUCUGAGUACCAUGCCUCCAACCUUUCUAGAAUUCUGGUUAUUUCUCUGAAGGCGAACACUUGGUUCCCCCAAACUCGGCUCCACACCAAAUCACUUAAAGCGUUUGCUUUUCAGAAAACAACCAAAACAUUCCGUAACCAAGGGAACAGAACGCUAUGCCCUCCCACCAUGGCCGCCACCGAGGUCGGCGGAGCUAAGGAAGUCGUGUUUCGUGUUUCCGGUACCGCCUCUUCCGGCGCUAGCGGCGGCUUCGCGGAAGUACGCGGAACACGUGUGUUAGCUCGGGGUCCGGUAGCGAUGGACGCUUUGGAUAAAGUUCUAAAACCUAAAACCAAAAGGGCUAAGAGAUUCCUUGAGAAGAGAGAACCAAAGCUCAAUGAAAACAUUAAGAAUGCCAUGCUGAUUAAAGGAGGAAAUGCAAACGCAACUGUGACGCAAGUUCUCAGAGACGUGUAUGCACUGAAGAAACCAUAUGGAGUUCUCUAUAAAAAGAAAAAUAUUACAAGACCAUUUGAGGAUCAGACGUCACUGGAAUUCUUCUCAAAGAAGUCAGAUUGUUCUUUAUUCAUGUUUGGCUCCCAUAAUAAGAAGAGGCCGAAUAAUCUAGUAAUAGGUCGAAUGUAUGACUACCAUGUGCUGGAUAUGAUUGAACUGGGUAUUGAGAAAUUUGUCUCUCUAAAGGAUAUUAAGACUAGUAAGUGCCCUGAGGGAACAAAACCCCUGUUGAUUUUCGCUGGUGAUGAUUUUGAUGUAACAGAAGACUAUAGAAGAUUAAAAAAUCUUCUUAUUGAUUUCUUCAGAGGCCCAACAGUGUCAAACGUCCGACUGGCCGGAUUAGAGUAUGUUCUGCACUUCACGGCACUGAACGGGAAGGUUUACUUUCGAAGCUAUAAGCUGCUGUUGAAGAAAUCUGGCUGCAGAACCCCACGAAUUGAGCUGGAGGAGAUGGGACCGUCGCUGGACCUCGUUCUGAGGAGGACACACUUAGCAUCAGAUGACCUUUAUAAAUUGUCUAUGAAAAUGCCCAAAGCUCUCAAGCCAAAGAAGAGAAAGAAUAUCUCUCAGGAUACUUUUGGUACAACUUUUGGAAGGAUUCAUAUGCAGAAGCAAGACCUAAGCAAACUACAGACCAGGAAAAUGAAGGGGUUGAAGAAGCGACCUGCAGAGAUGGGGACAGACGACGAGGGGAAAAAAUCAAAGAGAAUUAAGAAAAAUGAUUGAAACCAACUGAUAGUGACCACUUUCUUGUGGUUGUUUACUAAAGAGAACUGUUCGAUUUGAGUCUGUUUUUUUCAUAGGAAUUUGUUGUUUCUUUGUAGGUUUUUAGAGGCAUAGUGGUAUGAUGAGAUCUAAUAUUGUAGCCCAGGCUAGCCUCAGUCUCCCAAGAGCAGCAAUUACAGGCAUGUACCACCAUACCUAGCAUAUUGUAUAUUUCUGUAACAUAACUUAUUACUUAAAUUUUUAAAAAAUU